AUGGCGGCCAUCGACUCGGUCAACGGCAGCACCCGUUCGUUGAAGGACAUCGUUCAGCAAGCCCAACCAAGCCUACAGGGGUAUGAAUCGUUAUACAAGAUUAUCCACACCAACCCAGACCUCUCGCAUCAAGAAUCGGACACCGCUGCGUUGAUAAUCAACCAUCUCAAGAGUCUCACAGGAGACCUUGACAUUCGCACCAACAUUGGCGGCCAUGGUCUGAUAGCGGUACUGCGGAAUGGGGUUGGGAAGACCGUCUUGCUUCGUGCCGAUAUGGAUGCUCUUCCUGUAGCGGAGAAGACGAAUCUGGAUUAUUCCAGUCACAAAAGGCAACUUGGCGCUGAUGGAAAAGAGACCCCCGUCAUGCAUGCUUGUGGACAUGAUUUCCACGUCGUAUGCUUGUUGGUAGCUGCCGAAGCCCUGCUGGCAGCGCGAGAUUCCUGGUCAGGUACCGUGGUCUUUCUCUUCCAACCCGCUGAGGAGACCGGCGACGGUGCGCACGGUAUGGUUCAGGACGGGCUUUACGACAAAGACAGGCACAACUGUCCGAUUCCCGAUAUGGUGCUGGGCCAGCACGUUGCACCUAUCAGAGCCGGUGUUGUUGCGACCAAGGCGGGGCCUGUCAUGAGCUCUUCCGACAGUCUUAAAAUCACCAUCUUCGGCCGAGGAGGUCAUGGGAGCAUGCCUCACAGGUGCAUCGAUCCUGUUGUCAUUGCAAGCCAUAUCGUAGUCCGAUUACAGACCAUAGUGAGCAGAGUGGUGCCACCCGACGAGGUAGCCGUCAUCACGGUAGGAUCGAUCCACGCCGGCGAGGCCGAGAACGUGAUCUGCGACAGAGCCUUCUUCACCAUCAACAUUCGAACACUCAACGAGGAAGUCAGAAAGCUAGUCCUAUCCCACGUCAGAAGAACCAUCGAGGCCGAAACCAGCGCGGGAUUCUGCGAGCAGCCACCUCGAAUUGAACACCACAUGAGUCUUCCAGUCACUGCCAACGCCGCCACAGCGACAAACCAACAGCUGCAGCACAUCUUCCAGUCGCACUUUGCGGAAAACUUCGCACUCAUGCCCAAGAGCAGCCUCGCGAGUGAAGACUUCAGCGUGCUUGCCUCCGAGAUCGGGAAGCCGUACUACUUCUGGCUCUUCGGUGGUGUUGACCAACAACAGUGGGAUUCUCUUGCAGCUGUGAACAAGCUGGACACGCUCCCCAUCAACCAUAGCCCGGACUUUGCACCUGUCAUUCACCCGACGCUGCAGACUGGUGGGGAAGCCAUGACCAUUGCAGCACUGGCAUUUUUGCGUGGGCCGUGA